ACUUAAAUGACCACAGGGGGGCAGGAGAUGAAAAUGAAAAGAAGCAUUGCAAAGAGUUGGCUGAGGAAAGAGCCUUCAUUAGGGAGUAAGUUCUGAAGUUCAAUGGAGAUCGAAACACUUUACAGCUGGCCACCUGCAGACCUGUGAGGAACUUGUGGUUUGUGUUGAUUUUGGCGACCCCUGUGGACAAAAAAGUACUUUUGGAAUUGUGAAGCCUACAGUUGAGGUGUAGACAGCAACUGGAGUUGAUGCUUUUCCUGGAUUUUAACUUGGCCGUAAUCAGGACAACGUGCUGUAACGAUACAAGGCUACUAUUAUCAGCGCCCCGUAUCAACUCUGCAUCGUAUCUCAGCAAGUGCAGAUUGCAUGCAGCAGUAGUCCGCAGAGUGUCUGCAACUAUCGCAAGGCUCCUCGAAAGGAAGAAAUAAAACAGUGACAUAGUGUGUGUGCAUCUGUGUACACGCAUGUGUGUGUGUAUCUGUCACCAUGAAGCAUCAGUCUAUCUCCCGAUGGCUGAGCCAGCUGGGGCUGCCGCAGUACUGCACGGCGCUGGAGCAGGAAUAUGAUGGAGUCGAGGACCUGCUCCACCUUUCAGAGUACGACCUGUUGGAGCUCGGAGUCCACAACCACCUCCACCGUCUGCACCUUCUCACUUCUCUACGCCUCCUCCAGGAGCGAGAGAGGAGGAGAGAGCUGAGGAUGAUGGCAGAGGGUCGUUUUGCCAGCCUGCCAAGGUCCCUGCACGCGCACCACAGCUUGGGUGGAGGCUCUGCACACCCUGGCGUCCCCUCCUCCUCUUUGGGAGUCUCCGGCAGCAGCACCUGCUCCUCCAGGAGGCUCCAGGCCUCCCUCGCCUCCUCCAUGGACCUCCUCAGCUCCAGGCCGGGUUUCCCUCCUGAUCCCUGCAACAGCCUAUCAGAGCUUCCUGCCACUUCGUACCAGCCAAUCUCAAUCCACGGAACUCUGCCGCGGCGUAAAAGAGGAGGGGCCACUAUCGCCCACGGAAACUACACCUGGGACCCCAGAGCCAAUCACAUGCAGCCACUACUGCCUCCAGGACACGUCAAAAAACCCUUGACCUCCCCGCUGGUGCAGAACAUCAUCGAUGACUUUCAUGGUUACAGGGAGCCUGCUGCGAGCCUGGAUGCCACGGUGGACUAUGUGAAGUUCUCCAGAGAUCAGUUCAUCCUGGACUGUCCCUCAGAGAAACUCCGCAGAGAGCUGGAGGAAGAGCUGAAGAUGAACUGUGAGGAGCCGAGGAGCCACGCAUGGUACCACGGAGCCAUUCCCAGACAGGUUGCAGAAAACUUGGUGCAGCGUGACGGGGAUUUCCUGAUCCGUGAUUCGCUGUCAAGUCCAGGAAGUUAUGUACUGACCUCCCAGUGGAGGAACGUCGCCCAGCACUUUAAAAUCAACAAGAAGGUGGUGAUGUUGAACGAAGCGUACUCCAGAGUGGAGUAUCGACUGGACAGAGAGGGGUUCGACAGUGUCCCUGCACUUAUCAGAUACUAUGUCGGCAACAGGAAACCUGUCUCUCAGGUGGUUGGAGCCAUCAUCUUCCAGCCAAUCAACAGAGCGCUGCCUCUACGCUGCUUGGAGGAAAAGUAUGGGCUGUCCAGCAAUCACAGGGAGGCGGGGCUUACAGCGCAGGAGAGGCGGAGCCAGAAGCGCCUCAGCCUCAACAUUACCAAUGGACACACACACGAUAACGCACACAACGUGCAAGAUAACACACACUGCCGGGAGAACGGCAUGAGCAGAGGAAGCCAGCUCAGGCUGAAGGAUCGCUGUGGCAGCCAACCAGCAAGUCUCAAUCAGGUCCAGGAGAGGAGGCGCCCCCUCAAAGCACAUCAGUCAGAGAGCUACCUGCCUCUGGGAUCCAAACCUCAGCCCCCACAGCAUCCUGACCCUCUGCUCACGAGUCCCAGCCCCAAGUCUCCAGUCUUUAGGACAGGCAGUGAGCCAGUACUGAGCCCUUCUGUCGCUCGGAGAUCUGCAGAACCUCUGGCAGGUCAAGCAAUCCGCGGCUCUGACAGCCAGCUGUGUCCCAAACCGCCUCCUAAACCCAGCAAGGUGCCCCUGGCUCGCCUGACUCGCUCUCCCUGCCUGCAGCCACUGCUGCCACCCUCCAGCUCCUCCAACCUCUCAGACUCCUCCUCCUCCUCGUCAAGGAUGGCUACAUCUCCCCUGGACUCUUCAUGUAUGGACCCUUGGAAGAGUGCAGCCCCCACAGGUCCUCCUGUGCCUCCAGUUAAACCUAUGAAGUUCCAGCAUCAGCUCCUCUCUGCAGACUCCUUCAGCUCCUCAGGCUCUGUCUCCCCCCCUGAGCUCCUCCAGAAUCAAGAUCCAGGAUGGGCCGACCGCCUUCAACCAAGUCCUGCAGACCCGAGGUCCUGCAGCCCGCUGGAGUGGAGAGAAUCAAACUCAUCAAACAUGGUUACAGAUAACGCUUCGCACCUCCAGCCUCCGCUCUGCAGCUACGUGGAGCGACUGAAGAGAGAGGGUGAGGGAGGAAGAGAAGAGGAGGAGGAGGGGGACGAGGAGAAGGAGGCAGGAGGGAGGAGAGGGCUGGACAGAAGCUCCUACCAUCAUGCAAUCGCUGCUUUAGAGAACACCAGUGAAGAAGAGGAGGACGCAGGGAGGGAAGAGGGGGAGGAACGAAAGAAGAAGGAGGGUAAGAGGAGCAGCUUCCAGCGGCCGGUCAUCGAGACGGAGUCCACGUUCCAGCCGGCAGAGUUCGGAUCUCGACUUCUGCCUCCAGAGAACAAACCUCUGGAGAUGGUGGUGCUGAAGAGAGCGAAGGAGCUGCUGCUGAAACACAACCACCACAGUAUAGCACGACACCUGCUGCUGGCCGACUGCCAGGUGGCGAGGAUCCUCGGCGUGACUCCGGAGCUCAAAGGUCAGAUGGGCGUGGCCUCUGGUUUGGAGCUGGUGACUCUGCCGCAUGGCCGGCAACUGAGGCUGGACCUCAUGGAAAGACACCACACCAUGGCGAUAGGCGUUGCUGUGGAUAUUCUGGGAUGUACUGGCAGCGUGGAUGAGCGAGCUUCCACCUUGAACCGAAUCAUUCUGGUUGCGAUGGAGCUGAAGGACACGGUGGGCGACUUGUUUGCUUUCACAGCCCUGAUGAAGGCUCUGGACCUGCCUCAGAUCAGCCGUUUGGAGGAAACCUGGACCACUUUACGAAGGAAUUACACACAGACCGCCAUCAGCUACGAGAAAAUACUGAAACCUUUUUACAAGACUCUGUAUGAGGGCACAGCCUCACCUCCUUCAGUGGUCUGCGUCCCCCUCCUUCUGCCCCUCCUCACUUUGAUGGAACGUCCAUCAAUCACACCAGAGGGGGCAGAGCUCUGGGAGACCAGCGACCAGGGCUGUGACAUCAUGCUGCGCCACCUGGAGGCUGCUCGCGACGUAGCACACAGUGCACAAAGUUACACAAGAAACGCACAGAAGAUCUUACACGAGUUUCAGAGCGAUGAAGACUUGUUGGAGGUGUUUAAAACAGACUUUCAGCUGCGGCUGCUGUGGGGGAGCCGAGGAGCCACAGUCAACCAAUCAGAUCGCUAUAACAAAUUCAACCUCAUCCUUACUGCGUUGUCACGAAAGCUGGAGCCUCCACCCACAACCCAGACCUUAAUCUGACUCCAGCAGAGCAACAGAUCCACACUGAAGACUUCAGAAACAAACUGCAACGAAGGGAAGACGAGAAAUAAACUGUUGUGAAAAUAAUCAGAAAACAAGCUGCUGUCUGAGGAACAGGACGUUUUGUUCAGACUUUACUCUCCUGCAGCCGACUUUAACCCUUUGUUUCACGUCAAGAGUUGAAGGUGAAGGUUGAAGGUUCUUUGCCUGUCCAGGAUUUAAAGGACAACCAUUCAAGUUAAACACUGUUAACUAAAAUAGCUAAAAAGUAGCACAAUGAACAGUUUCAAACCAACAUUUGAGACACAUUUAAAGUUCCUUGUUUUACCUCUCCAGGGAAUAAAGAACAGAAAAGGAGAACAAUAAAACCUACAUGUUGCAAAAAGAACAUUAAUUUAAAAAUGUUUUAUCAAGAAGGACAUUUAUCCACUAAAUCAUCCUAGAUAAAAAAUUAAAUAUAUUCAGCAAAUGAUACAAACCCACCGUUGCUGCUUGUUUAAUAAGCAAUACAAAGUUAAAAAGAGACAUUUAAAAUUGAAGCUACAUAGAGUCAAUUUUUAACAUUAGUGCAUCUUCUGUUGAUGAACUCACGUUGGAGCAGAGUCAGACUUGUACUUUCUGUACAUGAGUAAAUGUAGCUUCAAAUGUCUGUUUUUUUCUUUAACAGAUGAAAAUGUUUUUUUUUUCUGUUUAAAAAAUGUAGAAAGUAUAUUAACAUGUGAGAGAUUUUAGUUGUACAUAUUUGAAAUAUUAGCAUGUUAAUAAAACCUGUACAUAUUUUCUGUAGAGGAGCGGCUGUAAAAAAAACAAGAUGUUGAUGAUUUAUUAUGUUUAUAUUAUUAUGAACUACUGCGGUUUAAGAUUUAAUAAAUAUGCUGUAAGACC